CAGGUCCACACGCGUCAUGGUCGUCGCUUUUGCCUCUCAUUGGCAAGACGUAAAAAAAAGCUUCAAUUUGGAAGCAGUCACGACUCGUUCCAACACAUGGCAUUGCUGGGAUAAUAUCUGUCGAACCAAAGACUCGGAACCACACAAUGGCUUCUUUGUUAAAGAUCUACCAAGCAGGGACAUUGUUCGGCGCGGCACUUCCAAAUAUUACGCAGUGUUGUCUUUUAAAUGCCGUGUUUGGACUUUCGGUUCCAUGGUUCCAGCUCAUUUCGUUGAAUUACCAUCUCCAUCCUAACCAUUGGUUUUGUGGCAUUGUUGGUCCGUUGAUGCGAAAUUCGUCCCUCGUGUGCGCUUGGCAGCUUGUUAUUUCCGUUUGUUCUCGAUUCGUGAUCAUGCAAUGAAGCCGGGGGCGCUCCUGCGCCCGAGCAUCUUGAAGGAUU